UGUUCUUUCUCUCUCUCUACAUACAUUUGUCUAUGUCAUUCAUUCAUUAAUUCAUUGCUACAAGCGACUAACCGAAUCAUCGCCAACAAGAAUCAACAACAUUCUGAUCAUCCAACCAAAGAAAAAUCAUCUGCUGUGGUUUUAUUUUUCAAAGCUUAGUAAUAAAAAGUGGAAAUAUUUUGAAUGAAACAAUUAGCAAUUAAAAAAAUUAAAUUUCCGUAUCAUCAUCUUUAUUGUUGCAUCUGUCGUCCAGUUUGAUUUUAACGAACGAAUUUUUUUUCCUAAACAACCUUUUCAUUUUUUUUUUUUUUUUGAUUCGUUUCAAAUCAUCGUAUAUGAUACACAGUAUUAUGUUUGUGUGUAUGUUUUGUGUCUGUCUGUUUAUGUUUUGUUGAUUGCAUAAUUCUGAUGAUGUUUUUCCGGCUUUACAAAAGCUAAUCAUGUGUAUGAUGGGAAUAAUGAUCUAUUUUUUAUUAUUCAAGUCAAUAAUUUUCUAUGUCCAGUAAUAUUUCAAUCAUCAUCAUCAUCAUCAUCACCAUAAUCAAUUGCCCAAAUUUUCAAUCAGAUCAAAUCUUAUGAUUUUACUUGAAGAAAUUUCCAUUUAUUAAUGCCGAAACGAACAACAAACAAACAAAUAAAAGCCUAGAAUUUCAAUCGUUCAAUCAUCAUUCUAGUUGUGUGCCUAUAUAUUUCAUAUGAUUUGUUGUUCCUUCGUCAGCCAAUAUUGCCAAUUUCAACUUCAAAAUAUGUUGCCAUCAUUUUGUUAUCAUUCGACUAUUCCAUUAGCAAUCAUUCAUCAUAUUAAUAAUCGAUUAUUGAUCAACUAAUCAAUUUCAUUCAAUCAUAUGACCGGAAUAAUUUAACGUUAAAAUUUUUCAACAACAAAAAAAAAUUCAACAUUACAUGAACGGCAAAACGAUACGCUGAACCCGGUCAUCCCGGACACAGCCCCAUUUAAUUGAAGCCGACGUAAUGACAAAAUGCCUGGCGGUCGUAGAGGUCUCGUUGCGCCUCAAAAUACAUUCUUGGAAAAUAUUAUUCGUCGAUAUAACUCGUUGCCUGAUUGCAGUUUUUUACUUGCCAAUGCCCAGAUUGUCGACUAUCCAAUUGUUUAUUGUUCAGAAUCAUUCUGUCGUAUAUCCGGCUAUAAUCGUGCCGAAGUUAUGCAGAAAAGUUGCCGUUGUACAUUCAUGUACGGUGAGAUGACCGAUAAACAAACUAUAUCACGAAUCGAACAAGUAUUGGAUAAUCAUGUUAUUGAACAAUUUGAAAUAUUGUUAUAUAAAAAAACACGACCAUAUUCGGCUGCUUCGGCCCCAGGAUCGCCAAUUAGUCGCCAUAAUACAUCACCUAGAUCUAGUUCAGGUACACCAUUAUGGCUAUUAUUACAAGUGGCACCGAUCAAAAACGAAAAAGAUGUGGUUGUAUUGUUUUUGCUCACUUUUCGCGAUAUAACCGCAUUGAAACAGCCAAUCGAAGAAGAUGCACAAAAAGGUCUAAGUAAAUUUGCACGAUUAGCCCGUUCGGUAACACGUAGCCGUUCGGUACUUGCUCAACAAUUUUCAUCACAUCUACCAGUCAUCAAAGCUGAGACUAGUUCAAGUAAACAAUAUCAUUUGGGCCAAUUGAUUAAUUUAAAUUCGGAUAUAUUGCCACAAUAUCGACAAGAAGCACCGAAAACACCGCCACAUAUAUUACUACAUUAUUGUGCAUUCAAAGCCAUUUGGGAUUGGGUCAUAUUAUGUUUGACGUUUUACACUGCCAUAAUGGUUCCAUAUAAUGUUGCUUUUAAAAAUAAAACUUCCGAAGAUGUUAGUCUGCUCGUGCUUGACAGCAUCGUUGAUGUGAUAUUUUUUAUUGAUAUUGUGCUCAAUUUUCACACAACAUUCGUCGGACCUGGUGGCGAAGUAGUUUCAGAUCCGAAAAUUAUUCGUGUCAAUUAUCUCAGGAGUUGGUUCAUUAUUGAUCUACUUUCAUGUCUGCCUUAUGAUAUAUUUAAUGCAUUCGAUCAUACUGAAGAUCAAGGUAUCGGCAGUUUAUUUAGCGCCUUAAAAGUAGUUCGCCUAUUACGACUUGGCCGUGUUGUGAGAAAACUGGACCGUUACCUUGAAUAUGGUGCUGCAAUGCUCAUUUUGUUACUUUGUUUUUACAUGUUAGUCGCCCAUUGGCUUGCAUGUAUUUGGUAUAGUAUUGGUCGUAGCGAUUCGGAAAACUACCUCACAUAUAGUUGGCUAUGGAAAUUGGGCAAUGUUACACAGUUUCCAUUUCAUCUGAGGCCCAAUAAUAUUACAGCUCGUGUCGAGCUUGAAGGUGGACCAGAACGAUCAACAAUGUAUAUAACAUCAUUAUAUUUUACAAUGACCUGUAUGACCAGUGUUGGUUUUGGUAAUGUUGCGCCUGAAACUGAUAAUGAAAAAAUCUUUACCAUUUGUAUGAUGGUCAUUGGAGCCCUAUUGUAUGCAACGAUAUUUGGUCAUGUAACGACCAUCAUACAACAGAUGACCAGUGCCACAGCCAAAUAUCAUGAUAUGUUGAACAAUGUUCGAGAAUUCAUGAAACUACACGAGCUUCCAAAAGCAUUAAGUGAACGUGUCAUGGACUAUGUAGUGUCCACAUGGGCUAUGAGUAAAGGAAUUGAUACGAAAAAAGUAUUAAGCUAUUGUCCUAAAGAUAUGACCGCCGAUAUUUGUGUCCAUCUUAACCGGAAAGUGUUCAAUGAACAUCCUGCAUUUCGAUUAGCCAGUGAUGGUUGUUUACGCGCAAUGGCCAUGUAUUUCUCUAUGGAUCAUAGUGCACCCGGUGAUUUAUUAUAUCAUGUUGGUGAAUCAAUCGAUUCAUUGUGUUUCGUCAUUUCCGGAUCAUUGGAAGUGAUUCAAGAUGACGAAGUGGUUGCCAUUCUGGGUAAAGGCGAUGUAUUUGGCGAUGCAUUCUGGAAAGAGCCAACCAUAGGACAGUCAUGUGCCAAUGUUCGAGCUUUAACAUAUUGCGAUCUACAUGCAAUCAAACGUGACAAAUUAAUCGAAGUACUCAAUUUUUAUCAAGCAUUUGCAAAUUCAUUUGCAAGAAAUCUAGUGCUCACUUAUAAUCUCAGACAUCGGUUAAUUUUCCGUAAAGUUGCCGAUAUAAAACGUGAACAAGAAUUAGCUGAAAAACGAAAAAAUGAUCCACAAUUAGAUUUAGCUCAAGAUCAUCUUGUAAGAAAAAUAUUUUCUAAAUUUCGUAAACCUUCCGAUGGAGUGCCUUCAACUGGUAUACCUAGUCGUCCCGGUUCAAGUGCCCCAAAUUCAGCCGAUAUUGAAAAAGGCUCUGAUGGUAAAACAAAACAGCCUCAAUCAGAACCUGAAUCAAGAGUUGCUUCAGCGUUCAAAGGAUCAAAAUGGGCUGCUGCAUUAGGUCGUGAUUCUAGUAAUAUAAGUCGUGAUGCUGAAAAAAAAGCACACGAAGUGGAAAACGCAUUGUUUGAUCGUGACGAUCAUAAUUUAAAUCUGUCAAGAAAAACGGAAUUAGUUUGCAAAAAAUCUGAACAUAUACAAGUAGUCAAAGAUAUUCGUCCACCAACACAGGGCAAUAAAUGGCCACGAGUUGCUACAGGAGGUAGUGUACGACACGAAACAAUUGAAGAAACGGCUGAAGAUGAACAAAAAAACAAAACUGGUACCGAGACUGCCGAUUCGAAUAAAAUAUUGGUCCAACCAAAAAGUAUAAAUAGUGCCGAUUAUCAACAAAUUGUGGCCACAUUAGUUGAUAUGCGUAUUGAUCUGAAAUUAGAGAUGCAAAAACUUACGAACAAGAUUGGAAAGAUUGAUGAACACAUAUCGAAUAUAACUAAAAAAUUAUCCACAUUGAAUAUCGAUGUUGAUGAUCAUCAUUCACCAUCAACAGAUGCAACAGCCACUAAUUUAAUAUCUAGCACAUCAUUUUCUGCUCAAACAAAAAAUUCUAUCAAAUCGUUCUCUACGAUGGGCCAGAAUAGUACGAUCGAAGAGGUCGAUGAAGAAGCUGUGACAACACCAACAUCACCACGAUUUUCAGCAACAUUAAAACGGAUCGAUUCGAGUACAAGUAAGACUGCAACAGUAACUGGCAAAGAUCAUAAAGGAUUGACCACAGCGACUAUUAGUGGUCAACAACAACAACAACGAUCAUCUACCCAUCAUCGUGGUAAAGUUAGCUUGGUAACUGCUGGUGUCAAAAAACAUGGUAAAUCUAAAUCUCAUCAUCAACCAACAUCGGGAGAUCCUAGUGCUGGUGGUGGUGGCGAUAAUGAUGACCAAAAGCAGCAACAAAAGAAAUUAUUAGCUGAUGAUGAUAUGCGUGCAAUAUUGGAAAAUGAAAUCGCACAACAAGACUUGGAUAAUACUGAUGAAGAUCAAGAUAUGACAAGUAAACUAUAGCUGCAAAUUCAAUUUGUCUACCAAAUAAAAAAUGCUUUUCAUUUUGUAAUCUUUGCCUUCUUUAAUAAUAUAUAAUUAAUGAUUUUUCAAUCUCAAGAGCCAUCACAUCAGCAUCUUCGAUCGAUUUCCAUUGAUCUUUAUAUAUAACAAACAGACAUUCAAUUUUUUUCAAAAGAUUUUAAAUAUAAUCAUCAUAUUUACUCAUCAUCACCAUUCAAUCACAACACACACGAUUAUUAUAUCAAAUCUCACACGAAAAGAAUUCCAAAUCGACAUUCAAUAUAAUCGGAAAUUAUUUUGUGAGCCGUGUUCGUGUUCAGUAUUCCAACAAUAAGAAUAACAAUAUUUUAUCAUUUCUUUUUUUUUUUUUGAGCGAAAAGCCGUUAAACUCAACUUUGACCACUUUCAUCAUCAUUAUCAUCAACCGAAUGUGCAUCUGGUCCAAACCGAAUUUUUAUCCCAUUAUGAAUAAAUUGUUUUUUCUCUCUUUGUUUCUUUAUUAUCUCUCUCUCACACACACACACACACACAUACAUGCUGUCAGCUCCGUCUUUCACAAACAAACACAUAAAUACACAAAAAUUCAUAAGCUUCAAACAUUGUUAAUAAUUUCAUUUUUUAUUUUAAAAAAAUAAAUUUUAGCUCUAGUCAUAUCUGUUCAUACGCAACACAAAUAA